UUGAACAAAACGGACGCUUGCAAAAAAUUUCUCGUAAUAUUUGAAGAAAAAACCCCAAAGUUUCUUUAAUUUUCUGUAAAAUUUAUGAAGAUUUUGUGACAAAGAAGUGUUUUACAGUCGAAAACUGUAUUUUUGUGUGAAAAAUUUGACAAAACCUUGAUUUAAUUUUUUAUCUAUCCACAACUUAAUGGACUCAUCAAAAAUGGAUUGUUCAACUAUUGAGCAGCAACUUUACGAAAAGCAACAAAAAGGAGAAUUCACGGAUUGCGCUUUUGUCUUCAAAGUUCAAACAGAGGAUGGAAAAUUCUCGAAAAAUAUCAUUCACGGUCACAAACUCGUUCUUUCCGGUGCCUCAAAGUACUUCGAGACGAAUUUCAAGUCCGAGUGGAACGGAAAUUCCGUAAUUGAAAUAACGUCGUUCGACAUCAAGACCUUUGGAAUGCUCAUGCGUGCAAUUUACCUGAACGAAGUCAUUUUUGAGAGCGUUGAAGAAGCUUUGAACCUCUACGAAGCGGCUCGUUUUUACCAAAUUGAGCGAAUUCUCGAUUUGUUGCGCCAAAAGAUCCCAAAGAUUUAUUUGAUCAACAAACUUGUCGCAUUAUCGGCCUUGUUCGAAAUGGCAAAGCAACCUCCUGACAGUCCUGAUCACAUUUUAUUGGCGUUCGCAACGAAAUAUUUCAUCGCAAACACGCAAAAAAUCAUCGCGAAUGACGAUUUUUUGCAGUAUCCGCCAGAUUUGGUGAAUUCGUUAUUUUUGCACGAUGAUCUCUCUGCCGAGGAAAUUAAUCUCGUGAUUGCGUUGGAAAAUUACAUUGAAGUUAAUGGAGUGGAGAAAAAAUCUUUGCUUAAGCCAGCAAUCGGAGCUUUGCGAUUUUUGUCACUUCCGAAGGACAAAAUCAGGGAAACUUUGUUGUUGACUGACUCGGAGAAGGAAUUUUUGCUCGGGCAACGCAAUCGGGACCUUUGCUACUUGUCAAAGAGCAGAAAUGGCAGAAAAGUGCGAGAUUUUUUUACUCAAUUGCCAGCAAGAAUUCAACUGGAACUGAUGGAUAAGCUUUCGCGGAACAAAUGUUGGGUUUGUGACAAAUAUCAUGGAGUAGCAAAUUGUGACAAAGCGCAGAAAAAGUAUCCAUUUUACAAAAAAUUGAUACCGUUGGCAUAUUAUGCAAUACAAAGUCCGGAUAAUGUCGUCAAAAUUUUGUCAGAAUUUCAAAAGGCAUCAAUUAUGUACUCGGAUUUUGCAGCAUUUGCCAACAUUGGAGAUGUGUUGAACGAAAAUUAUUGUAUUAGAUGGUUUUAAGUGAUUUACAAAAUAAAAUUUAAUUUGUAGACUGAAAACCUAAACUAAAACGAUUUUAUUUCUCACUUUUUGU